GGUUACUUGAAACACAGUUGAGUUAUGGCUAAUUCAAUUUCUUCUUCUUUUCUUUUUUCUUUUCUUUUUGCUUAUUUAAUGUAAUACUUUUCUCUUUUUUUGUAGUUACGCUGUACAUCAACAAAUGAAUGGAGAAAUGGAGGCCACUACCCAGGACCAAGUGUGGGGACAGGAUGACCUUCUUAAACUUCUUGAAGGGAUGAAAGUGGCUCUUCCCCAGAAAGACGUGACCAAGUACAAAACAUCUGAGUCCCAUCUUGACUGGCAGAAGGUCGCUUUCAACUCCUACACUGCAGAGAUGUGUAAACAGAAGUGGCUAGAAGUUUCUAAAGAGAUACGUAAAUUCAGGACCCUAACAGAGCUCAUUGUCGAUGCUCAAGAUUACAUAAAGAAUCCCUAUAAGGGCAAGAAAUUAAAGAAACAUCCAGAUUUCCCUAAAAAGCCUUUAACACCAUACUUCCGCUUCUUUAUGGAGAAGAGGGCAAAGUAUGCAAAGUUGCAUCCUGAAAUGAGUAACCUUGAUUUGACAAAGAUUCUCUCAAAGAAAUACAGGGAACUUCCAGACAAAAAGAAGAAAAAAUAUGUUGAUGACUUUGUGAAGGACAAAGAAACGUUUGUACAGAGCAUGAUGAGAUUCAGGGAAGAACACCCAGAUCUGAUGGAAAACAUGACAAAGAAGGCUUCAAAUGUCCCAGAAAAGCCCAAGACGCCGCAACAACUGUGGUACAACCAUGAGAAAAAGGCCUUUCUCAAGACACACCCAGAUGCAACCACCAAAGACAUUAAAGACAGCCUCGGCAAACAGUGGACACAGUUGUCGGACAAAAAGAGGCUAAAAUGGAUCGCAAAGUCACUGGAACAAUAUAAACUAUACGAGGAGAUAAUGCGUGAGUACAUUCAGCAGCACCCUGAGUUAAAUAUGACCCAAGGAGAUAUUGUGAAGUCGACUCUGACGAAAGCUGAACGGCAUUUGAAAGACAAAUCAGACGGCCGGCCUGACAAACCACCACCAAAUGGGUACUCGAUGUUUUGUGCAGAGCUUAUGUCCAGUAUGAAGGAUGUCCCCAGCACAGAGCGCAUGGUGAUGUGCAGUCAAAGGUGGAAAAUGCUGAAACAGGCAGAGAAAGAUGCCUACCAGAGGAGGUGUGAACAGAGGAAGAAAGAAUAUGAAAUUGAGAUGCACCGGUUUUUAAGUACAUUGCCAGAGGAGGAACAGCAGAGGGUCUUAGGUGAAGAGAAAAUCGGAGUAAGAAGAGGCACUGGAGCCAGCAGCCCAGCUUCUAAAAAGAAGAGCAAGGCAAAGGUUAAUGCUGAGAAACCCAAAAGGCCUAUUUCAGCCAUGUUUAUAUUUUCUGAAGAGAAACGUCAAAAAUUACAGCAGGAAAGAUCAGAUCUCUCAGACAGUGAACUCACAAGGCUCUUAGCACGAAUGUGGAAUGAGCUACCUGAUAAGAAGAAGGAGAAAUAUAAACGCUUAGAAGCUGUUCUGAAAGCAGAGUCUGAAAAAGAGAAGAACGUGGAUCGCAGCCGUCUCCCGGAUCCACCCAAAACUGCACAGGACAUCUGGCAGCAGAGCGUCAUUGGAGACUAUCUCGCCAGGUUCAAGAAUGACCGGCCAAAAGCACAAAAAGCCAUGGAAGCAACUUGGAGCACGAUGGAGAAAAAGGAGAAAAUAAUGUGGAUCAAAAAGGCAGCAGAGGACCAGAAAAGAUAUGAGAGAGACCUGUGUGAAAUGCGCUCUCCGACUGCAGCUGCCAUCGCCUCAGGAAAGAAAAUGAAGUUUGAGGGUGAACCCAAGAAGCCCCCAUCAAACGGAUAUCAAAAGUUUUCUCAGGAAAUGCUUUCCAAUGGCGAGUUGAAUCAUCUCCCAAUGAAGGAGCGGAUGACUGAGAUUGGCAGCCGCUGGCAAAGGUUACCUCAGAAAGACAAAGAUCGCUACAAAAAGAUCGCAGAGGAGAAGCAGAAACAAUACAAGGUCCUGCUUGAACAGUGGCUAGCGAGCUUGUCAUCACAGGAAAGAAAUACAUAUAAAGAAUACAACUCACAGAAACGCAAAACUUCAGCGAAACCUGGAGGACCCAAAGCCAAAUCAAAGAAAUCUGAGUCUGAAGAUGAAGAGGACGACGAUGACGAUGAUGAUGAUGAUGAUCAGAAGGGCUCCUCUGACGCAGACUCCUCCAGCGACGAAGAAGAUGAUGAUGACGACGAUGAUAGGGAUGAUGGUGAUGAUGACGAUGAGGAUGACGACAGCGAUGAAGAUGAUGACGAUGAGGCGGAGGACAAAGAGAACAAGUCAGAGGACAGCAGCAGUGAGUCCGGCUCAGGUUCCUCAGACUCAGACUCAGACUGAACCGGACCUAAAGAGUCCCACAUGAACUGAGCAGCGCUGAGCUGAGCCAAGAGUCCAGGGAGUUCCGCCACUGUGCCAACCCUGCACUCCUCCUGCCACCAGAGGGCACACCUGUGUCUCAUACUCAUUCACUCAUCAUGGCUGUGGUUUUCGUCCCAGGAGACUGCUCGGUCCAGUUUCCUCACCUCCGCAGCACGGGCCACUGACUCCAGUUGAAGAGGCAUCCCACUGGUUUGGUGAUCCUCAAACGUUCACGUUUCGACCUCAACUUAAUGGUUCAUUGUUUAAAAAAAAAAAAAAAAAAAAAAUAGAGAGUUUUAAUGUUUGGGGUAAAUUGUUGCCCUGUUGUUUUAUUUUCUUAUUCUGAUAAAGAGUUAGACACGAGUUGUGAACAGGCUUUAUGAAGCCAAAGAUCACUUUAGGAGGGCAGGCGUGUGGGGAACUGAACAAUUGCACUCUUCAGAAUGUUUCCUUUAUUUUUUCCAAAAUCUUUACCGUUAUACUUUUAAUUUUAUUAUGUAGAUUUUAUCUUGGUUUAUAGAACGGUGGUAUUUUUCAGGAAAAAAUCAAGCCAUUAUGAAUGUUUUUCUGUUGCUGGAAAUAUUCAAAAUGUGUUUUCUCAUGUUCACGUAUUUCAGUUACAGUGUCUGUAUAAAGUAUUCACAUCACUCAGGCUCAUGUCUUGUUGUUUUGCAUCAUUGCAAACUUUCCCCAAACUUUUAUUGUGAUAUAAAACAGUUCAGCUUGACAAAAAGCUAUUCAAAUUUAGAGUGCUAUUAUUUUAACCUACUUAAAAUGUUAAAAUGUGCCUUUCAAUGAAAAUGUGGUCCUUUUGUAAUUCUAACAUAAACCUUGAAAAUAUUUUUGGGCUUGUAAAGAAAACAAGAGUUGACAGAACACUUCAUAUAGACACUGUUCAGUCCAUUGCACAUGACAUUUAGAUUUCACUCGUCAAAUUUAUUCUUGGGCCUAAAACUGUUCAGUGUAUGGCAUCUACAGAUACAUUGUUUUAUUCUGUAUUUUUACUGUACAUUUGUUGGCUUGUAUAUUGUCAUUUUACGCUUCUCUCGCAGUUUUUGACGAGUUUUGCUUUGUGUUUUGGUCUGAAAUAAUUUGCGGAUGCUAAAUUGAAUCACUCAUUGGGUUUGUUUUGAGCUUUUAAUGGAAGCGACUGUAAUCCAAAUGUCUUUUGUUUGUUUUGUUUUUUUAAUCCAAAAGGCGUGCACUUAUUGUAAAUUGUGUGAAUUGUGCAUGCUAGCACAGAACUGUACAUAUUUGAGGGGAUGUGUGUGUGUGUCUUUUGCUGUUGUGAUCACAGCAUGCAUGUAUGUAAUUCUAUGGGGCAUCCUCCCAACACCAGGAAUUGAAUGUAUUUUUUUUUUCCUUUUUGCCCCAAAGGGGCAAAGGGCCUUUUUGUUGCUCAUUGCUGUCUAAAUACUCAAGUUACAUACAAUUUCCAUUACACAAACAUGGUAACUGUUAUUCAUCAAUGUUAAAAUGUUUUCUUUAUAAUUUGACCGAAACAAAACCAGCGUAGACUUGUAAACAUUUCAAUGGGGGAGGAACUGGCUGUAGUUUAUACUAUUAUAUCAGGAACAGAGGGAACCGAAUUACCAGAUGUAAUUACUGUAAAUAAUGUUUUUGUAUUGAGUGCUCAUUGUUUUGUUAAGUGUUUAAUUUUGGCUUACAGUUAAUUUGCCUGUUUUUGUUGUUUCGUUUCUUUUGUCAGUUUAUAGAAAUAUCUCAGAGCAAAGCUUUACAAGUUUGUACUGCAGAAAAUUUGACAAAAAAUUGAUGUUUUCUAUAGCUGAGGGAAGUUCUUAUGUCCUUGUAGUUGAAGUAUUUGGGCAAAUAAAAAUCUUGGAAGAGCCACA